UCUCGUUGAGUACGCAACCACCGCUCUAUAACUCGAACUCGAACUCGAUUUUGAACAUCCGAUCCCUCUCGAUAUAUAUACAAUACACUGAUCUCGAUCAGUACCGGAAAUUAAAAACUUAAACGCUGACAAACUUUGAAAAUGGCCGCCAACUACAAGAGCUGCCCGCUGAAGAAGCGCCCCAUUGUCUUCGUGGAGGAGCGUCUGCCGCAAACGGAGGCCUUGGCUCUGACCAAGGACUCGCAGUUUGCCCAAGAUGAGCCACAGGAUCUGUCCCUGAAAAGGGGACGCGAAGAGGAGUCUCAGGAUUACGCCGAACAGCCAGAGCCAAAACGUGACUAUGUGCUGAAUCUGUCGAAGACACCGGAAAGGAUCUCCAACUCGUCGUGCCUGCUGUCGCCGCCGGCGGAAGCCCAGGAUUACCAGCCCACCGACAUCCAUAUGCGUGGCCUGACGGCAGCAACUACGGGUUAUACCACCACCAGCACCUUGGUUAAUCCCUUCCAGUCCGCCUUUGUGAUGGCCGCCGGCUGCAAUCCCAUCUCGGCGCUGUGGAGCAGCUACCAGCCCCACUUGGCCGCCUAUCCCUCGCCGGCCAGCUCGAUGGCCUCACCCCAGUCGGUGUACAGCUACCACCAGCAGAUGACGCCGCCCUCCAGUCCGGGAUCCGACCUGGAAGCCGGCUCCGAGCCGGAGGAUCUGUCCGUGCGGAACGACAUUCCGCUGCCGGCUCUGUUCCACCUCUUCGACGAGGCCAAGUCGAGCAGCAGUGGAGCGAGUGUGAGCAGCUCCUCGGGAUACUCCUACUCGCCGGCCAUGAGUGCCUCGUCGGCCAGUGUGGCGGCCAACCAUGCCAAGAACUACCGCUUCAAGUGCGACGAGUGCCAGAAGAUGUACUCCACGUCGAUGGGUCUGUCCAAGCACCGCCAGUUCCACUGUCCGGCCGCCGAGUGCAACCAGGAGAAGAAGACGCACUCUUGCGAGGAGUGCGGCAAGCUGUACACCACCAUCGGAGCCCUGAAGAUGCACAUCCGCACCCACACGCUGCCCUGCAAGUGCCCCAUCUGCGGCAAGGCCUUCUCGCGGCCAUGGCUGCUCCAGGGCCACAUCCGCACCCACACCGGCGAGAAGCCCUUCCAGUGCCCCGACUGCCCGCGAUCCUUUGCCGACCGCUCCAACCUGCGGGCCCACCAGCAGACCCAUGUGGACGUGAAGAAGUACGCCUGCCAGGUGUGCCACAAGUCCUUCUCGAGGAUGUCGCUCCUGAACAAGCACUCCAGCUCCAACUGCACCAUCACCAUUGCGUAGGAUUCUCAACGCGAGAUGGCAUUGGCAAACACUCAACACACACACACAUUCCGCUGGCGAAGACCAAACAAACAGACAAUAACUAAGAUUAGCUUGUACUAAGUCGAUUCGGUUUUGGUGCUACUAUUAUUAUAUUUAUUUCAGUCGUAGUUCUCGUAGGCUAAGAUCAUGUAUAUUGCCUCAUUGUCACACGCAGCAUUUGACCAAAUCUAUUCAUUUAAUUAUUAUCCUUAUUUAUGUAUUCUCACUACUUGUAAGCCAACUGUUGUUAAGAUUAUUCCUAGUUUUA